AUGAAGCGUCGACUUGCGCUUCUGGCCCUGGUGGCCACCACUAGUGCCACGCGCCUUCGCAGCAGCGGACGAGCAGGCAUUUCGGCUGUGGGUAGCGAGGGCCUGGCAGUGGUGGAGGAGCAGGUUCAGGAGCUGAGUCGAAGUCGAUUCCAGUGCUUCACAGGUCCAGGUCGUGCCUGCAAGGUUUGCAAGGACCUCGAGGACCGGACAGACCAUGAUCAGUGCUUGGAAUGUAACGAUGGCUACAAGUUAAAGGCAGACAGCUGUGUGCCGCAUAGCUGUGACGUGGAGAGCCUAUCUGGGUGCAGAGAUUGCCGGGCCACCCACGAGAGGACUGCUGAUGACCAAUGUGGCACCUGCCAGGAUGGCUACUUCCUCACCAAGUCCUUCAAAUGUCGUCCCUUCCACUGUGAUGCAACGACUGCCGGCUGCACGACCUGCCGCCCCCGAAGCGAGUUGACCAAGGACCAACAGUGCGUGACCUGCCGAAGGGGCUUCAAGCAUUUGCCCGAUCAGACCUGCCGAAAGUUUGUUUGUGACCUGGAGCAGCUGGAGAACUGUCAGACAUGUCGUGAAACCGAUGCCACGGACGACCAUCAGUGUCAAACCUGUAAGCCUGGGUUCCGGCUCAUCGAGAAUCUUUGUGAGCCAUUCGCCUGCCACACGGGGCCCUUAGAGGCCUGCCAGCGGUGCAAGGCCUUGGAGGAAAGGAUCCAGGAGGGCCACUGCGAGAGCUGCAAUCCGGGGUUCCAGCUGCUAGACGGUCGCUGCCAAGCCUUCUCCUGCGCAACUGGACCUGGCAGUGCUUGUCAGAGCUGCCAGCUGCUGCAGAACCGCACUGAAGACCAUCAAUGUCUCAGCUGCAACCGGGGAUUCAAGCUCACUCACGACUUCAAGUGCAUCCCAUUCAAGUGCGAGGAGGGCAGUGAUGAGAAGUGCCGCAUUUGCACCCAACAGGAAGCACGAAGCGCUGAUGGCCAGUGCUACCAAUGUAAUCCAGGAUAUUACCUCACCAUGGACCUCCAAUGCUCGCCCUUCACUUGUGACGAGUCUGAGACCUUCAGUGGUCCGAAGUGCCGAACCUGCCGGCCCCAAAGCAAGCGCACUGGAGAGCAGCAGUGCAACACCUGCAACGAUGGCUAUGGCUUGGUGAAUGAUACCUGCAAGCCAUUCACUUGUACGCCGGGCCCAGGUGCCGGGUGCAAGGCCUGCAAGUCUCAGAUGUCCAUGACCGGCUUUGGUCAAUGCGCCGCGUGCAACGACGGAUACACCUUGACCUCGGAGUCCACGUGUCAGCUGGGCUCCGAAAAUUGGGCCUCCAAUAGCAAGGUCCUUCGAUACGCCAAGCAGGUGGUGCGCGACUUGGUGCGUCAUUUGGACCGCAACCUCGACGGCACCAUCGACUCCAAGGAGCUCAACGAGGAAGAGAUCAACGCUGCCAUCCAGCGUGGCAUUGCCGGGCUGAGAGGCGGCAUCAUCGAAGGCCAAGUCGAUUCGGUGCCCUCCAUCGUGUUUGGAGCCGCAGAUGCGGACGGCGACGGGCUGCUGUCACGGGAAGAGUUCAAAGCCCUGGAAGCACGGGAACAUGCCAACAUCCCUGUUUCAUCACGUUUCUCCACGCUGUUGGCCUGCCUGCAACAGAACAACGACGAGCUCAUGCGUGCCAAAGUGGCCAAGAAGAUCAACGGGAAGUUGGAGAAGGGCGUGGUUGAGGACAUCGAGGUCGGACAGAUCUCGCGGGAUCGCCUCUAUCGCAUUCGGUACGAGGACGGGGACCUGGAGCACAUGACAGAGGAGGAGGUACGCGGUGUGGUGGUCGCACUGGCCGACCCCGCUGAGAGGGUGAUGACGGUGACCGGUGCGAGCGAGGAGGCGGCCGUGCUGAAACGUCCGGCUGCCAAGGCUCUUGAGGUGGUGGCUGAGGAGGAUGUGGAGAUGGGCGUGCUGAGCUCAAAGAUGUGGUUGAACGGAACUGGGCCGAGCGAAGGCCAAGGCGAAGGCCGUAGAUCCGGUGGUGCACGAAGAGGAGGAGCCUCCAGAAGAGCCUGCUGUGCUGAAGAGGCCUGCAGCUGCUGA